AUGGUGUUUUCCUCUUCUUCAUUACUGUCAUUGCCCAUUUUACCCUCCACUUUCCAUGUCCUCCCAACCUCUGAUCCUCCGUACAAACUCCUCCAAACCCACCCAUCUCUCACCCUACUCUCCAAAUGCAAAAACAUGCAAAAUCUCAAACAAGUCCACGCCCACAUUAUCAAGACUGGCCUUCACAAUACCCACUUCGCUCUGAGCAAGCUCGUUGAGUUUUGUGCCGUUUCGCCUUUCGGCGACCUCUCUUAUGCCCUCUUAGUCUUUCAAUCCAUUGAGAACCCCAAUCAGAUUAUAUGGAACACAAUUAUUCGAGGUUUUUCCUUGAGCUCUAAGCCAAUACAAGCUGUGGAAUUUUAUGUUCUGAUGCUUCUUUCUGGCGUGGAGCCGAAUUCUUAUACGUUCCCCUUUCUUUUGAAGUCUUGUGCGAAAUUCGCGGCCAGCCAUGAAGCGAAACAGAUCCAUGGACAUGUUUUGAAGCUUGGACUUGACUCUGAUGCCUUUGUGCACACCUCUCUUAUCAAUAUGUAUGCUCAAAACGGUGAAUUGGAUAAUGCACGUUUGGUGUUUGAUAAAAGUUCUUUCAGAGAUGUGGUUUCAUUUACGGCCUUGAUCACUGGUUAUGUUUCAAGGGGUUGUAUGGAUGAUGCUCGUCACCUUUUUGAUGAAAUUCCAGUAAGAGAUGUGGUGUCUUGGAAUGCUAUGAUUUCAGGUUAUGCUCAAAGCGGUCGGUUUGAAGAGGCAUUGGCUUUGUUUUCGGAGAUGCGGAAGGCAAAUGUCUCGCCAAAUGAGAGUACAAUGAUCGUGGUGCUUUCAGCUUGUGCUCAGUCGGGGUCUCUUGAAUUGGGCAAAUGGAUUGGGUCUUGGAUUGAGAACCGUGGACUUGGUUCAAAUCUUCGGCUUGUUAAUGCACUUAUUGAUAUGUACGCAAAGUGUGGUGCUUUGGACACAGCUCGAAGUUUAUUUGACGGUUUGCAGCAAAGGGAUGUAAUCUCAUGGAAUGUCAUGAUUGGUGGUUAUACACAUAAGAGCCACUACAAAGAAGCCUUGGCACUCUUUCGGUUAAUGCUACGAUCAAAUACAGAUCCUAAUGAUGUCACAUUCUUAGGCAUACUUCCAGCUUGUUCUCAUUUAGGAGCCCUUGACCUUGGCAAGUGGAUUCAUGCUUAUAUAGAUAAGAACUUUCAGAGUUUGACCAAUACCUCUCUCUGGACGAGUCUCAUUGACAUGUAUGCAAAAUGCGGAAACAUUGAGGCAGCAAAACAAGUCUUUAAUGGUAUGGAAGCCAAAAGCUUGGCUUCUUGGAAUGCAAUGAUAUCUGGCUUAGCAAUGCACGGACAUGCACAUACAGCGCUCGAGCUUUUCUCGAAAAUGGCCGAUGAAGGAUUCAAACCAGAUGAAAUAACAUUUGUGGGAGUUUUAUCUGCUUGUAACCAUGGUGGUCUUGUAGACCUUGGACGCCAGUAUUUUAGUUCCAUGAUCACAGAUUACCAUAUUUCAGCACAACUGCAACACUAUGGAUGCAUGAUAGAUCUUCUAGGCCGAGCCGGAUUAUUUGAUGAAGCAGAGGCCCUAAUGAGUAGCAUGGAAAUGAAGCCAGAUGGCGCUGUCUGGGGUUCUCUUCUUGGAGCUUGUAGAAUCCACAGGCGUGUGGAGCUGGGUGAACUUGUUGCCAAACAUCUGUUUGAAUUGGAGCCUGAAAAUGCUGGGGCUUAUGUGCUGCUAUCUAACAUCUAUGCAGGAGCUGGUAGGUGGGAUGAUGUGGCAAGAAUAAGAACCAGGCUGAAUGAUUUGGCGAUCAAGAAAGUUCCUGGAUGUACCUCUAUUGAGGUGGAUAGUGUUGUUCAUGAGUUUCUUGUCAGUGACAAAGCGCAUCCCUUAAGCAAAGAAAUUUAUGAGAUGUUAAAAGAAAUAGAUAGGCUUUUGGCUAUGGCCGGUUUCAGGCCGGAUACAUCUGAGGUGCUAUAUGACAUGGAUGAGGAGUGGAAGGAAGUGGCCUUGAGUCAUCACAGUGAGAAGUUGGCCAUCGCUUUUGGUUUGAUCAGCACCAAGCCAGGCACAACGAUUCGGAUUGUAAAGAAUCUUCGUGUAUGUGCAAAUUGUCAUUCAGCUACAAAGCUGAUAUCGAAGAUCUUUAGUAGGGAGAUUAUUGCAAGAGAUGGGAACCGUUUCCACCAUUUUAGAGAUGGUUCUUGUUCAUGUAAUGACAAUUGGUGA